UGUCCCCGUGUGUGUGUGUGUAUAUCCCUCAAUCCAUUUCAAUUUCAAUUUAUAUAUAAACCCAAAUCCAGCGUACCUGACAGCGCUCAGAAAACACAAAUAUAACGCAGCUUCUCCUUCUGAUAUCCUGUAGCAGAUAGUAAUUUUCAAAUCAAUCAUGGGUUAUGAAAAUGAUCCUUACCGAGAUGAGGAUGGCGAGCCGUUAAUGGAUUUUGAGGAGGAUGUCCAAUCUGAUCGCGAUGAGCGUGGGCUGGAUAUCUUGGAAGAUGGAAAUGAUGAUGGCUGGUAUAAUAACGACCAGCGUGAGCGAUCCCCAACUCCGGUGUACAAUGAUUCCAAGGCAAAACCCAGGAAGAGAUUGAUUAAAAAAUCUUCUUCCACCCCAGGGAAGGACUCCGGUUUCUCAGAUUUUGGAAUUGAGGAUGAUGAGGGUGGGGUCCGUAGGGGUUUUGGUGUCGAGGAAGAUGAUGAUGUUGAGGGAAUUGUGAGGGAUGAUUACUCUGAUGAUGGUGGUAAGAGGAAGAGGGAGAAAGGGAAAAAGAGGAUAAGUGACGAAAAGAAGAGGAAAGGGGAGAAGAAGUUUAAGUUGAGGAAGAGUGGAGGGACAUCAAGGGACUAUGAGGCUGAUCCUGAGGUGAAGGAGAUGUGGGAAACGAUUGCAGGAGGUGAUUCCGAGGAUGACCAAGAGGGUGCUAGGACAGUAGAUGAUGAUAAUUUCAUAGAUGACAGUGGUGUGGACCCUGCUCACCGGUAUGGAAGUGACAAUGAACAUUCUCCAAGCCGUGCUCCCCAGGCAGAAGAAGGAGAAGAGGAUGAGGAAAUCAUACAGCUUUUCAAGAUGGGCAAGAAAAAGAAGAAAACUGAGAAAAGUGCUGCAGAAAUUGCACUGCUUGUUGAGAAUGUCAUGGCUGAACUUGAAGUUGUUGCAGAGGAAGAUGCAGAAUUGAAUAGACAACAGAAACCUGCUAUAAAUAAACUUAGAAAACUCCCUCUUCUUACUGAUGUCCUUUCUAAAAAGCAUCUUCAGCAAGAAUUUUUGGAUCAUGGAGUGUUAACUCUUUUGAAGAAUUGGCUCGAACCACUACCAGAUGGAAGCUUACCUAACAUCAAUGUCCGUGCUGCAGUUCUAAAGAUCCUGACUGAUUUUCCGAUUGAUUUAGACCAGUUUGAUAGAAGAGAACAGCUAAAGAAGAGUGGUCUCGGAAAGGUUAUAAUGUUUUUGUCGAAGUCUGAUGAGGAGACUACUGCCAACAGAAAACUUGCUAAAGAUUUAGUUGACAAAUGGAGUCGACCUAUAUUUAACAAGAGCACGAGGUUUGAGGACAUGAGAAAUAUUGAGGAUGAGCGGAUUUUCAGGAGAUCUUCUGGCAAAAAGCCGAUGAACAAAUCCUCAGGAAUGGAUUCCCAGGGAGACCUUGAUAUAGCUGAACUUUCACAGGGGCCAAAAUCUGGCCAUUCAUCUUCUAGGCAACAUGCUUCAAGGCCUGAAGCAAUGUCAAUGGACUUUUUGGUGCGGCCCCAAUCGAAGGUUGAUCCAGAUGAAGUUCGUGCGCGUGCUAAACAGAUAGUGCUGGAUCAGCGCCGAGUCAAGAUGAACAAGAAGCUGCAACAACUAAAAGCACCAAAAAGGAAGCAACUUCAAGCUACGAAACUCAGUGUGGAAGGUCGUGGCAUGGUAAAAUAUCUGUAGGGACCUCUGCUUCUCCAUUAACUAGGAUCAAAGAGGAUGAUGCAUUGGGUUAGUGGGAGAGCAUGUUUUAUUCAUUCAAAAUCGACAGGUUAUUUUAUUCAAUAAAUAUCCGAGUUUAAGAUCCAGGACGGCAUGGAUUGGGCUUGAAUUUCAGUACUGAGAUAUCAUAUUUUUAAGCAUUCCUUUUUGGAUGGACAAUGUUUCAAAUUUUCAUUGAUAUUUAGCUUGCUGAAAUAUGUGGACUA